CCAGCCCGUGGGGGAGCCCCAGGGUCCCCAGGGAGCCGCGGGGUGCAGGCCGCGGGGCCGGGGUACGGCCUUGCCUCCGCCUCUGGAGCCGCGGGGAGGCCAGGCCCCGCGCACUGUCCCUUGGGCCUCAGGUCCCCCCACCUCUGGGCCGGGCCCGCGAGGACAACCAGCCCCUCCCCGCGCUGAGGAGGGGCCCUGAGAGACCCAGAGCCAUUUCUUGGCACACGAGGGCCGGGAGCGGGGCCCAGCCCGGUGAUACUCCGCCCGGACGCGGACGGGAAAGUCCCGGCGUGGCCCCGGCCAGAGCCCGCUGCCAGGCAGGGGCAGCCUUGGCUUGGCGGGGGCGGGAGGAGGUUGACCAGGAGGUCCCGGGACAGGCGAGCGUGUAGACAGAAAAGCGCGGGGAUUCGUGACCCAGGCAGUCAACAAACAUUGGGCUUCAUCGCCAUGUAUACCUUGACAACAGAACCUGUGGCCUUCUUGCUUCCUAAUGGAAAACAUUUGUGACAUCCAGUCCUUUCAGGAACGAGCAGGGUUGGUGGCCUGGCUUUACUGACGUGGCUGUGCUGGUUCACUGACCAAAACCUGUAACUUCAGUUGCUGCUGUUUUGAAACUACAACUGAAAAGAAAAUUUAAAUGUCUUCAGAAGACAAAGAAGCUCAGGAGGAUGAGCUGCUGGCUUUGGCUAGUAUUUAUGAUGAAGAUGAGUUCAAGAGAGCAGAGUCUGGCCGAGGAGGAGAAACUAAAAUCUGUUUCGAGUUGCCCCCAAAUUUCAAGAUAUUUGUGAGAGGCAGUCCUAAUGAGAGGCUCCUGCACAAUGGGUUUGAGUAUACAAUUUGUUUUCUGCCUCCACUUGUGUUGAAUUUUGAACUUCCACCAGACUACCCUUCAGCCUCCCCACCUGUGUUCACGCUCAGCGGCAAGUGGCUCUCCCGGACACAGCUCAGUGCUCUCUGCAAACACUUGGACAACUUGUGGGAGGAGAAUCGAGGUUGUGUGGUCUUAUUUGCAUGGACACAGUUUCUCAAGGAAGAAACACUAAGUUAUCUGAACAUUGUCUCCCCAUAUGAGUUAAAAAUGCACCACCAAGGAAAUGGGCAAUGCAGGACAUCAUUGGUGCCUCCAAAUGCUGAGCUGGAUAGUUGCGGUGCAGCAGGCACCACAACAGCUGAAGAAGAAAUCCUUGAUAAAAGAGCUGUACAGGAUGUGGAAUCUCUGUCAAGUCUAAUUAUGGAAAUCGUAGACUUUGAUCAGGCCCAACGGAAAAAAUGUUUUAACAGUAAGAUACACUUGUGCAGUAUCUGCUUUUGUGAGAAGCUAGGUGCUGAAUGUAUGUACUUCAUGGACUGCAGCCAUGUCUACUGCAAAGCCUGCAUGAAGGACUACUUUGAAAUUCAGAUCCGGGAUGGUCAGGUCCACUGCCUUAACUGUCCAGAACCAAAGUGCUCUUCUGUUGCUACUCCUGGUCAGGUUAAAGAACUGGUUGAAGAGCAGUUGUUUGCACGCUACGACCGCCUGCUUCUGCAGUCCAGCUUGGACUUGAUGUCAGACGUGGUGUAUUGCCCUCGCCCAUGCUGUCAGACUCCAGUGAUGCAGGAGCCUGGUUGCACCAUGGGCAUAUGUUCCAGUUGCAACUAUGCCUUCUGCACCCUCUGCAAAAUGACUUACCAUGGAGUGUCUCCAUGUAAAGUCACUGCAGAGAAGCUAACGGAGUUACGUAACGAGUACCUAGAAGCAGAUGAGGCCACAAAAAGAUUUUUAGAACAGCGCUAUGGCAAGAGGGUGAUUCAGAAAGCCCUGGAGGAGAUGGAAAGUAGAAAAUGGCUAGACAAGAAUUCAAAAUGCUGUCCUUGUUGUGGUACUUAUAUAGAGAAACUAGAUGGUUGUAACAAGAUGACGUGCAAUGGCUGUAGGCAGUACUUCUGCUGGAUUUGUCUGGGGUCUUUGUCUAGGGUGAACCCAUAUCAGCACUUUCAUGAUCCAUCCUCUCCGUGCUUUAACCGGUUGUUUCAAGGUAUGCAUGUUGAUGACAGUGAUUCGGAUGCUGAAGAUGAAGAUUAGUUGCAUCCUAAUACUAAGAGCUGAAGAAACCAGAAAUGGAUUUUCCCAUUUUUUUUUAAGUUUGUUUGCUUUUUAGCUUGGUUACAUGAUAAAAGAGUGAAACAGUGCACGCUGCAGGAUGCAUACACAACAAUUCACAGGCUGUUUCCAGAAACAGAAGACCUCUGAUGCUUUAAGGUCCUUAUGUUCAUGUCCACUGCUAAACAAAGUGAACAAACUAAUAGCCAAAAAUUUAAAAACAGUGUAGGAAACUCUACAUAUUGUGAUGCACCCCUUUCUCUGAAACACUUUCUGGAAAGAUUUCUGGGAAUUUAUUUGGGGGAUCCAGCCUUGUAAGGGUCUUUGGAUUCCAGCCUGCAUGGUUUGCAGCACUGUCCUGUACCUGAAAAGGGCUGGAUGUGCUGUCUCUGGAGCUCUUCAGUGAUGCUGCCCGUGCCCAUCAGAGAGAGGCUUAUUAAAAUACAGCACAGGAAUUUCUUCCUAUCUGCAGAAAUUGCCAGUUGCUUCCCUAGCAUCCCCUGACCUGGAUCCAGAUUGACUCAUGUCUAGUAAUCCACUGCUCUGGUGCUGCUGCAGCUUACUUGUGAUGGGGAAUUUGGGAGCGGUUUUUCUUCCCUUCAGUAAAUCUAGUUACCUUGAUUUUUGCUGAAUCUCUCUGUAGAAAAGUUACAGCCACUUAUUGCAUAUUUGGUUUGGUUCAUUAAUUAAUCUCUAUAUUGCUAUAGUAUAUUAACUUAUUUGUUUGGUUCUGAUUUGCAUAAUGAUGAAUACUAAAGCAGCUGAUAGAAUUUGUGCCCAGUCUGUGAAAUUCAGUGCAGUUCUUUUUAACCAAAUAUUUGUGAGGUGAUUAAAUAAAGCAAACUUCUGCUGAGCUGAAUUUUUACAGAUGUACAGUCAGCAGUAAGUUGAACCUUUCAGCUGACUGAAGACUGCCUGUUUUUCCUUCCGAAAGUCUAAUAUAAUGUUAGUGAAGAAAAUGUUAUGGUAAAUACUUCUGUCUAAAGAACUUGCAUAGAUAAAUGGCUCUGGAGUACUAUCAGCUCUGCUUCUGAACUAGAUCACUCGUUCAUGCUGUUAUUACAUGUCAAAAUGGCAUUAAGCUGUUGGAUAAAUAAAUCUUCUGCUGCCAGGGCUUCAGUAGAAGUCUCUGAAGCAAGAAAGCAAUGAUUGGAAGAAACCACUACACUGUCAGAACUGCUUUUUACGUACACGAUGGACAGAAAAUAUUGUGCUCAUAUUCUGUGUUUAAAAUGAAGCCCAGGUGCUUGGUAAUGCUGCAGAGCCUUGAGAGGAACAGUUCACAUCCAGCUUUUGUUGUUAGUAAAUAAAUCUUUACUCAGAUGUACUUGGCCAAACCGAGCAGUGGUUUUAGCUCACUUCUUUAGAAGACAAAUAUUCCUGUUGCACAACUUGCCAUCAUAGCUGGCAGACUUAGGAGAGAUCAAAGAUAUGGGAGACAGGACAAAUUCCAUAUCACAUGGAGAUGGGCCAUGGUUGCCUUGGAUGAGGCCAGGGGAGUGUAUGCAGGGUGAGUUUGCUUUUUGCUAAUAUUGUGUAUAAUUUGUACUUCUGGCACCUUCACAUGCACUAAAAUCACUUUAAGACCAUAAUCAUGGUUGUUGUCAUAUUCACAUCUGGUAUGGGAUGAAUACAGGGUACAGAAAGUCACCAGGUGGAACAGAACAAUGCUCUUUUUCUGGAUGACCACUGUGAUCUUGUAACACAUUUAACAGUGCGUCACACUGAUUCAUGUGUCCAGUGACCAUAUGUAUAAAGGUGAAGUCCAGACUUGCACUGGUUAUAUGACAUUCCAGAUCUCAGAAAAGGGGCUCCUUGCCUUUCACUUGUUCAUAAAGCCAGUGUUGGGGACGGGGGAAGCUCUCACUUCUUCAGAGUUCUAAGAAAAGAUGUCUGUUUGGAAAUGCUGUUUGCUAGCUCUGAUACAUGUUAAACACACAGCAAUCAAGAAUUCAGACUAAUUCAACUGGAUGAAUGUAAACAUGGUCUCUGAAAUGUUUCUUUGUAAUUGAGAUAUUGAGAAAAACACCCUAUUGCAUACCAGCUGUUUUAAGGAAUGGUUAUGUAAAGUGGAUAAGGAUAUUUGGUUUCAGGGCUGUCCAGCCUCCCAGGCAGCCACCCUCCCAUUUGCAGGGAUAGCCCUCACUUGCCUGUGGGCUCCCAGGUAGAUAACCCUGUUCUACUUCCUACUGCAGUGCACUGCAUAAGGGUUAGCUUUGUAAAGAAUUUUUGCUGAGACAGCCACAAGGAUAAAGUAACAUUGCUGGUACUCUUUCCUUUUUAAGCAACCAAGAGCUCUAUUCCCUCAACUUUGUAAGAAACAUGUAAAUCAGUAUCUAUUAUAAAGAUGAAUGUGAGAUAAAGAUUAAUAAAUAUUAUUUAAAUGUAGAUCUGUAAUUACUCAUGCUAGUAUUUGUUCCUUUUAAUUGUAGGGUCUGCAGCUGAGCCCUGUUUUGUUACAGACUUCACAUCAGAGGCAUUCAUGUUCCAUUGCCAUGUAUGGACUAUUCUUGAUAUUCAGCAGCUCAGAGCACUUGCCAUAAUCUUUGAUAAUUAUGCUUUGGGAACAGUUGUUGGCUUUUACAUACUUGACCUACACCUUGGGAGUUCUACAGUCUUUCCCUGGUUAUAGGCAAAUUAUAGAAGCUGAAGUAAUUAAUUACAGCUGCUUAGUAGUUAAAGAAAAAUACUCACAGCUCCUGGGUAGAUCCAGUUAUGUUUAAAGCAAAACACACAUUUUCUGCAGGAGUUCUAACUUUUUUAGCAUUAGUUCUCAUGGCCUGAAUUAAAUUUUUUUGAAAGUGCAGUUUUUCACGUAAAUUAUAGGUAAAAAUACUCCCUUAAACUGGAAGCCAAUAUGAAAAGUCAGCCCCAGAACUACAUGCAUCUUUCUGUAUCUGUUCUUACAAGCUUUUUAAACCUACAGAAAUGGCUAGUAGACAUGGAGUGCUCAAGCCCUGGCCUGUAGGCCAGAUCCAGCCCUUGGCACUGUCAUCCAGCCUGCAGGGCUCUCCACAGACCUGGGGGGGGGGGGGAGAACAAAUGGGCUGGGGCCCCUCUACCACCCCUGCCCAGCUGGGCUCCAGUUAUAAAAUUGGCCUCAUGCUAUUUACAUGGCCUGUGGGACCACUAUCAUGAGCACCACUGCAAUAGAUUAACUGUACAGAGAGCCUAGGCUAUCGCUUUCUCCAGGCACUGAAUAAAUGCAUUUGUGCUGUGUUGCUUUAUCGAUUCAAAACUUUUCAAGAAAAAAUCUAGAGCUACUGCAAUUUUUAAAGCUGCAUAUCUCAUUAAGAUUUUGGCACCUGCAUUACACAACUAUUUUUCAUAAACUUACCUUUGCUACUACUUUCUCAUAUGUUCCCAGGAGUCAAUUAAGUCAUGCUGUUUCUUUCCUUCUUUUUUUUGGUUAGAAAUGAAUCGGCUUCUUUUUCUGACCGUAUUGGAGUUCCAUGGGCUUUGCAAAAAAAGUCAAUUUUUGGCUAGAAUGUUAAAAGUUGUGAAUAUAGUUGAGAUGACUCUGUUUAUUUGGAAAAAAUACUAGAUUUAAUGUAGAAAGUUACAUUUUGAAUGAAAAGGUCAUGAAUUUCAAUGUAAAAAAAAAUAUAUUGCUCAAGGAAAGUCUUGCCACCAACUUUUCUCUACAGUGGUUUGGCACAAGCCCUUGUACAAGCUACAGAAGAGGUAAUAGAACUUUAUUCCUGGUUCCAAUCCACAACAUGAGUCUUGAUUGAGGUCUGCUUAUCACCAAGUGUGGUUAGGGGGCUACCAUGAGUUGGAUUUGUUGGCUGCAGUUUUCCAUGUAAGGACAACAGGAUACACCAACAUGAUGAAAGGGAAGAGGCAAUGUCUAGUCUCAGGCCCCACACUGCCAUACCUGAGUAUUAAACAACGUAGAGGAAGGACACCACCAUACAUUACAUGUAAGAACAUAAGCAUUGCCAUUUACUGGCUCAGACCACAGUUUUAUCUUACCCAGUAUCCUGUGGCGCACAGUAGCAAAGAAUGGAUGCAGGAAGGAAUAGAAGUGGGUAGGACUGGGGUUUGUCCUUCCUAUUGUUCCUUUUCCACUUGCAACUCCCAGCAUUUAAAAGGUAUAGAAAGUCCUAAUUCAGAGGCUAUAUCCUUAACUCUCAUGCUCAAUAGCUACUGCUACCUCUUUCCUUAAAAAAUGUCCAAUCCCUUUUUAAAUAUAAACAUUUCUAAGCCAUCAUAAAACAGCAAAAUAACCCUUGGGACAUUAUAAUGUUGGGAUUUAGUGUUUGUGUGUUUAAAACUCUACUCAUAAACAAAACAGUAGUAGUUGUUACAGAUGCAAGUAAGUUAUUAUUUACCUAUUCAGUAGCUACUGCACUUAGCAAGACAAUUUGAGAGCCAGAAUGUCAAGGUUUUUACUUUACUGAGGAAAAAGGAAACCCAAAAAGUGUCCAGUCCCUCCCAGGAGUAGGACUUAUCAGUACCAACUAACAGGUGCAAGUUUUGAGGAAGGUUACUUACUGGCAGCCUCCAGCAGGGGCCAGUACAAAUUCACCAGGGUCAGGAAGAAGCAUUGUGGGAGAAUUAAAAAAAAAAAAAAAAAAAAAAAA